UGCUGCAGGUCACAGAACAAGUAUGGCGGCCGCCAGUGUGUUCAGACCUGGGCUGUUCAACCACAAAGUGGCGAUAGUAACCGGAGGAGGCACCGGCAUCGGUAAAGCCAUUUCUGCAGAGCUGCUGGCGCUGGGCUGUAAUGUGGUGAUCUCCAGCAGGAAGGCAGAAAGGCUGGAGGCAGCAGCUCAGGAGAUGAGACAGAAAAUCCCUCCAACCAGUCGCGCAAGCAUCACUCCUCUGACGUGUAACAUCCGCAGCGAGGACGAGGUGAAAGCUCUUGUGUCCACGGUGCUGAAGCAGUACGGCCGCAUUGACUUUCUGGUGAACAAUGGAGGAGGUCAGUUCAGCAGCCCGGCAGAGCACAUGUCCUCCAAAGGCUGGAAGGCCGUCAUCGACACCAACCUGACUGGAACCUUCCACUGCUGCAAGGAGGUCUACACUGCAUGGAUGAAGCAGCACGGAGGUGUGAUCGUCAACAUCAUCGCUGACAUGUGGAAAGGCUUCCCAGGCAUGGCCCACACGGGAGCAGCAAGGGCAGCGGUGGACAACCUAACCAAGAGCCUCGCCAUCGAGUGGGCGGCUUCAGGAGUCCGAGUCAAUGCCGUUGCACCUGGUACAAUCUAUUCCAAAACUGCCAUGGAGAAUUAUAAGGAAUUAGGACCACAUAUUUUCAAGAUGUCUGUUGGCUUUAGUCCUGCAAAGAGGCUGGGAGUGCCAGAAGAGAUUUCACCAGUCGUGUGUUUCCUGCUCUCUCCUGCUGCCUCCUACAUCUCUGGAGCCACACUGAGAGUGGAUGCUGGACAAAGCCUGUACCAUUCCUUUUGGGAGAUACCUGAACACAGUGCGUGGCCUGACGCUCCAGAGGGGGAGAACCUGGAAGCUCUGAAGGAACUGCUCAACCCUAAAAGCAAACUUUAACGAACCUUUCUGAUGGCCAAAGGGCAGAAAAACACGUGGCCAACAAGAAACAUGGACACUGAGCUGCACAAACACCCCAAGCCCCAUCACUGCUGUGUGUGAUUUAUUAAGAAAAUUGUGUACAUAAUUGUAGAUAAUUAUUAGUAACAUAGUUGUGUAAUUUUAUGACUGAUGAUUUGUGACAUAACUGUUGAAAUGUACAUAAAAAUUUUCUUCCAGUGCCUUUGUUAGAAAGUAAAGACAGUUCUUUGUAAUGUAACAACGAUAUGUGAUUUUGAUUGACAUAAAAGAUGUAGAAGCAACUGAAAAAACACAAUAAAUUAAAUAAUUUCACAGAUUUGCGGUCACUGAGGCUGUUUCAUGAAGCCAGAUCCCCUUCCCUUGAGUCUAGCUUUGACUGCCCUGCUUUAGUAAUGAGAGGGAACCGCACAGCCACACUAUUUUAAAAUUAAAAAACAACUUUUUUCUGUCUCUUUUUUUAAAGUAGCAGCUGAUCAUGUCAUUCUGUUUAAUGUUUGUGACACAGAUGCCAAUCAAAGUUUAAAAAAAUUAAAUAAAAACGUACUAUCCUUUUUUUUUUUUUCCACAGAUGCUUUACACUGACGUUAUAUGGAAAUUGUCCAUUUUAGCUCCUUAUGGUGACAUGUUACAUCACGAAUAUUGUGACAUACCAGAAAAUGUACAUAACUUUAUCCUUUCAUUUUUAAUGCCAAAGGAUUACACAGUUCUUUAUUAAAAGGUUUUGAUUACAA